UUUUUAGUUUAUUGACACAAAGUAAAAUAUUAAUAAGAUAAGAAAAAGAGAAAAGAUCCUGAUAAUUCUAAGAGAAAAGAGUCAAAAGACACAUUCACUUGGAGUUGGAACUUGGAACUCCAUCAUGCGGAAGCCAAGGCUGUUGUGUUAUCUACUGUUGUUGCUGACAGUGUCUCUGUCGGAAUCAAAUUCAUGGGUUGGUGCUACCGAGUCAGAAUCGGAGAUUGGGUUAGUGAGUCAGCAGCUUCUUGACUCGGCCAAAAACGAGAACUUCUUCGGGUGGCUAAAAAGGGUAAGGAGGAGGUUGCAUGAGUACCCAGAGCUUUCUUUUGAAGAACAUGAGACGAGUCAACUCAUCAGAUCGGAGCUUGACUCGAUUGGAGUUGACUACAAUUGGCCAGUUGCCAAGACAGGGCUCAUAGCUUCUAUUGGCUCUGGUGGGCCCCCUUUCUUCUCUCUUCGAGCUGACAUGGAUGCCCUUCCUAUUCAGGAAUUGGUGGAAUGGGAACACAAAAGCAAAAUUAAUGGUAAAAUGCAUGCUUGUGGACAUGAUGCACAUGUUACAAUGCUGCUUGGAGCUGCUAAACUACUUAAUGACAGAAGAGCUGAGUUAAAGGGAACUGUUAAUCUUGUCUUCCAACCUGGGGAAGAGGGCCGUGCCGGUGCUUAUCAUAUGCUACAAGAGAGUAAUGUGGACAAAUUACAGGCCAUAUUUGGAUUGCAUGUUUGGCCAGAUUUGCCCACUGGUACAAUUGGUUCAAAACCUGGUCCCCUUCUUGCUGGCUCAGCCAGGUUUUCUGCUGUAAUUCAGGGGAUUGGCGGACAUGCAGCUGCACCCCACGAAACUAUAGAUCCAACGCUGGCCGCUGCCUUGUCAAUCAUUGCACUCCAACAGAUUGUUUCACGAGAGACAGAUCCUCUGGAGGCCCGGGUUGUCUCAGUCACUUUCAUGGAAGGUGGAAACACUGGAAAUGUAAUCCCCGAGAAAGUGAGAUUUGGUGGCUCCUAUCGUAGCACAACAUUAGAAGGUUUACUCUUCCUUCAACAAAGAAUCAAAGAGGUAAUUGAGGCACAAGCAGCUGUACACAGAUGUACUGGAGUGGUAGAUUUUAUGAGCGGUGGUAGCGUAAGAUUUUACCCUCCUACAAUUAACGAUGAAGGUCUGUACGGACAUGCAAAGAGGGUGGGCGAAAUUUUGCUUGGAAAAAGUAAAGUGCACGAGGUUUCUAUGACUAUGGCAGCGGAAGAUUUCAGCUUCUUUUCUCAAAAGAUGCCAGCUGCAUUUUUCUUUGUUGGUAUAAGAAAUGAGACUCUCAACUCAGAUAAGCCACUCCAUUCUCCGAAAUUUGUACUUGAUGAGGAUGUCCUGCCUAUAGGAGCAGCUCUGCACGCCAUUGUUGCAAUCUCUUACUUGGAUGACCAUGCUGUCAAAGCUCUCUAGGCACCGAAACCAUUUUAUCAUAACUUUGCACAUGAACCUGCAGGGAUUUACUCUAUACAUUGUGUAACUCAACAGUAAAUAUUCAUUGAUGAAAACUCCCUACAUCAUUUAUACACAGCAACAAAAAGGUAUUAGACCUGGGUAGAUUUUUUGUUUUUUAUUUUAGAAUAUAAACUGUUUGGCAACAGUUCUCUUUUCUAAGAAGGGAAAAUCUGUAAUAUCAAUUUUCUUUGAAUUUCACACUAGAAAUAUUAUACUUGAA